UGAUUUAGCCUGGGAAUGUUUGCGAGCUUGUGUGGACUCUGUGAAUCACUCUCUCUGUCUCAUAUCUGCUUUUGUUGUUCUGUCAUAUCCCUCUCUCUCUCUCUCUCUCUCUCUCUCCUAUUCCGCGCUCUUAUCAUUUCUCUCCAUUCUGCUGCUCCUCUCAUUCAUAUCCCUCCAUCCUAUUUCUGUUCUCUCUGCCUCUCCUCUCGUUUGCCUUUCCCUCAACGCCUCCUGCCGUCCUCCUUAUCGCCCCUCUCUCUCUCUUUCUGUCUCCUCUCCAGUCAGAUCUACAGUAUUGAGAACGCCCAUGGCCAGCUGGUGCGUGACCUAGACUUCAACCCCAACCGACAGUACUACCUGGCCAGCUGUGGAGACGACUGCAAGGUCAAGUUCUGGGAUGUCCGCAACGUCCAGGAGCCCGUCAAGACCCUGGAGGAGCACUCGCACUGGGUGUGGAGCGUCCGCUACAACCACAGCCAUGACCAGCUGGUGUUGACAGCCAGCAGCGACAGCCGCCUCAUCCUCUCCAAUAUGGUGUCCAUCUCCUCCGAGCCGUUCGGACACUUGGUGGAUGAUGAGGAGCUCAGCGAGGGGGAGGACAACCGUCAGGACGACAAGAGUAAGGAGCCUCUAAAGGACAGUGUGGUGUCCACCUAUGAGGAACAUGAGGACAGUGUGUACGCAGCAGAAUGGUCGUCUGCCGACCCCUGGCUCUUCGCGUCACUCAGCUACGACGGGCGUCUCGUCAUCAACAGAGUCCCCCGAGCCCUCAAAUACCGCAUCCUGCUCUGAGAGCGUGGGGAGGGACCAGUGAUCGGAGUGUGUGUUUAUGUGUGUGUGUGUGUGUGUGUGUGUGUGUGUGUGGAUGAUAAGAGUGUGAAUGAAGACGUAACACAACUAUACACAUUUAGAGCUGCUUAAAGACAUUCCAUAUUCAGCGAGUGUGUUGUGCAAACUGCAUGUGAAGGCAGCCUGUGUGUGAUGUACAUAUACUGUAGUUCAUACAGUUUGUUCCACUCAUCACUGUAAACAAAAAAACAGCUGAAUAUUUCAAAUAAAGUACUAAAACCUCCUGGAUAAACAUUGA